UGGUCGCACGGACACAUAUGGGCUAAAGGCCUAGGACACAGGCCCACAUAGCCUACACAACCGGGCACGGCCCGCGUAACAACACUUGUCAUUUCUUUUUCUUUUUCGCUGGUGACUUGGUGAGUGGUGACACUCGGAUGAUCAUGGCUACCAACUAGAACCACUAGUACCAACAGCGCCGGAAAUGUCUCUAACCGCAGAUACAGGUUACCAGGCGCCGGACGCAUCCAACUACUGCUCGUUGCGCACCGCAGGCUCUGCCGGCCGCCGCGCACGAGCGGACGCGAACGCGGCCGGCAAAAGCUAAAGCCAACCAAAACCGUGUCGCGCGUCGGCGUCAUCAACCGUGCCCGUGCAGGCCCGUCGUCACACAUGACACACCGCCUCCCGCCGCCUAUAUCUACAGCCACGUCAGUUUCGCCGGCCUUGCCUCGUCUCGUCUAACAAGUCGUCGUCGUUCUGUUCGCCAGUCCGUCCGGGGAAAGCAAAUUACGCGCGCGCACCGGCCGAGAUCCGCCGAUGUCGAAAUCAGUCCCGGCCGACGCGCCGCCGAGCGUCGCCCCGGCGCCGGAAGCGGCCGCCGUCGAUGGCGGCGUCGCCGCUGAGCACGACGAGUCGGCCGGCGGCGGCGUCGCCGAGAACGACGAGCCGGCCGCCGGCGGCGGCGGCGUGAGGUCGAUGGUGGAGCGGUGGAAGAUGGAGGCGGCGCCGGCGCGGGCGCGGCUGGUGCUGCGGGCCCUGGCGUGGCUCUUCUCCCUCCUCGCCCUCAUCGUCAUGGCGUCCAACCAGCACGGCGACAGCCAGGACUUCCGCCAAUACCCCGAAUACAACUACUGCCUGGGCAUCUCGAUUCUCGCGUGGCUGUACGCCACGGCGCAGGUCCUGCGCGACGCCCACCGGCUCGGCUCCGGGCGGGACCUGAUCGGGACGAGGAAGGCGUCGGCCCUCGUCGACUUCGCCGGAGACCAGGUCGUCGCUUACCUCAUGAUAUCGGGAAUGUCCGCGGCGGCGCCGGUGACGGACUACAUGCGCCAGAAGGCGGACAACCUGUUCACCGACUCGGCGGCGGCGGCUAUCAGCAUGGCAUUCUUCGCCUUCGUUGCCAUCGGCCUCUCUGCUCUCGUCUCCGGGUACAGCCUUUCCAUGGAAGUCCUUGUAUAGCCUGCAUACACAUUUCUCAGUUCUCUCGUUCUGCGACACAUUGGUCACAUUACAUGAUUAUACAGCAGUGUGGAUAUAUGCCUCCAAUUGUUUCAUGGUCGUUGAUUAAUACAUCAGUAAACGGGUUUUUUUGGAUCUCUUAUAUUUUUGUAACUUAAGGUCUGUAUGUAUGGAAUCAUUGAUGUCAUAAUCCUCCCCAGUA